GUUACUUUACCGCAUGUCUGUAACAACUGGACAGAAGUUCGACGUCAAUAGUGCUCCAACGUGCAAUAAUACUAGUAAUUUUUGCCGAGGAACGGAAACCUAGUUGCGUCCACGUUCGCUGCUUGCUGUGUGAGCAUUUCACCUUCUCUAUCAAGAACUAAAUUUUAGGUUAUAAACGAAGGUGUCUUUUGGGUCUGAUCUCCUACCACAACGACGCGCGCUGAGUUGGCGCUCCGUCUUCUGGGCAGCAACAGUGCUUUCUUGCGCCUAGGGCCCUAAGGCCCGGCGCCAGUAGAAGAUGGACCCUCCUCCCUAUGAGAGCGUCCUGCAAGACCAUGGAACAAACAACUACUUUGCUCCUGUUACCGCAGUUAGUAAGGAGUUUGAAAUUGAGGUGACGGACCCAGUCAAGCAGGGCGAGGGUGUGGCGGCCUACGUCUCCUACAAGGUCCGCACCAAGACCACCCACUCCGCCUACGCAGCGCCCUUCCACCAGGUUGUACGGCGCUUCCGUGACUUCUCCGCCCUGCAUGACAAGCUGUGCGAGCGGCACCGGGGCCACAUCGUGCCGCCGCUGCCGGAGAAGAGUGCGGUGGGAAAGUACCAGAUGGCCACUGAGUUCAUCGACCAGCGCAGGAGGGCGCUGCAGGUGUUCAUCAACCGUGUGGCCAGCCACCCGGUGCUCAAGGACAGCCGCGAGCUGGCCACCUUCCUGCAGGCGGACGAGGAGGCGUGGCUGCUGGAGGCGGCGAGGUGGGCGGCGGAGGCGGCGGCGGCGCACCGGCCCAGCGUCAGCGCGGCGGCUGCGUGGUUCCGGGGGCUGCAGCACUCGGCGCAGAGCCUGGUGUCGGGGCGGGCGGAGGAGAUACAGGAGGAUGCGGAGUACAUCAAGAUCCGCGACUACAUCAACGGGCUGGAGGGGCACCUGGCGGAGGCGCACCGGCAGGCCAGCAGGCUCAUGCGCAAGGAAGCGGACCUGGGUGCUGCGCUGUCCGAGUUCGCGGCCGCCGCGGAGGCGCUGGGCAAGCUGGACGGCGAGGGGCCCAUGCGCGCCGCGUUCGGCUGCCUGCUGGGUCGCGCGGGCGAGGUGGCGGCGCUGUCUCGCGCCCGCUCGGAGGCGCUGGCGGGCGAGUUCGCUGCGCCGCUGAAGGAGGCGGCGCGGAGCAUCAAGUCGGUGCAAACGGUGAUGGCGGACCGGGCGGCGGCGCUGGCAGCGUACUCGCAGGCCAAGAGCGACCUGGACAGCAAGAAGGUGCGGCUGGCCCGGCUGCGGGGCACCCCGGGGCUCAAGGAGGACAAGAUCGCGGAGACGGAGCGGGACGUCAACGAGGCAGACCAGCGCCUGCGCAACGCCAAGCUGGGCUAUGAGACCAUUCGCGACACGAUGCGGGAGGAGCUCAAUCGCUUCCAGAAGGAGCGCGCGGCCGAGAUGUCGGCACUGCUGCGCGAUUUUGCGCUGGCCCAGGCGCAACACACCGCCGAGCAAGCCAAGGCGUGGGGCGAGCUGCUGCGGGAUUUGCAACAGACGAACUCUGCGAGCGGGGGCCAGUGAGGGGAGUCCUGAGGGAGGUAGCAAGGAGUGUGUCAGUUGAGCCUUGGGCGGUUAUGUAGCGUGGUCUUGCUUAGGACUUGGUAGCGGGGGUUGUAGGACAUACUUCUUUCGAGGCGUUAUGAAGGUUGUAUGGCAAGGUAUGAAGUUGUAUGUAGGUAGCUGUCUGGGACUGCUCCCAUGUCCUUGCAGAAGUCUAAGCUAUCGGUCAAGACCCGCGGGACAGCAAAUGGUAUCUUUUUUGUUAAGAAGGGUUCUCUGCAACAACGGUACCAGCGGUUAAGAUUGCCCGUGAACAUAUCCGCCUUCACUGGCUUUUAAACGCCUUGGGUGUGGCUGUUGGCGCGAGCACGGCUUCCUGUCUUCGUCAGGGCAAGGACUGUCAAGGAGUGUACCGGCGAACCCCGCCAUUAAUGUAGCUUUCUCCUUUUGGCAACAUUGAGGCUGCAUGGUUGUGCAAGAUUUGGGGCUGCAGGAAAGGUACACCUUUCCUUCAAACAUGAAAUAGC